AUGCCCAGAAGCUGGAGCAGCGUCGUGACGAUUGGAUUGCUCGCAUUGAGCUCCAAUGCAUCACCCAUCACACCCUACAAGCGAGCACCGUCGUUUGACUACGCGGGUUCAAAGGUUCGCGGUGUGAACACAGGCGGCUGGUUUGUGCUCGAGCCUUGGAUCACACCAAGUCUGUUUGAGGGCAACGGCGCUGUAGACGAAUACACAUUGACCCAAGAGCUGGGCAAGGACGCCGCAAUGAGCAAGUUGCAGCAGCAUUGGAACUCGUGGAUAACGCAGGCCGACUUCAACCAGAUGGCAGCAGCCGGCUUGAACCACGUAAGGAUACCGAUCGGGUAUUGGAGUGUCAUUGCUCUCGAUGGCGAGCCAUUCGUGCAAGGCGCUUACCAGGUGCUGGGCAAAGCACUCGACUGGGCACAGGCGGCAGGCCUCAAAGUUAUGAUUGAUCUUCAUGGUGCACCAGGCUCUCAAAACGGCUUUGAUAACUCGGGCCGCUAUGGUAGCAUUCAAUGGACUCAGGGUGACACCGUCGCGCACACCAUAAAGGUGUUGAACAAGAUCAGGGAUGACCACGCCGCGCAUCCUGCCGUCUCGGCGAUUGAGCUUCUGAAUGAGCCUAUGGGAUCUAGCCUUGACAUGAAUACUGUUCGACAAUUUUACAUGGAUGGGUGGGGGAACCUCAAGAACUCGCAAGUGGCCGUUGCGUUCCACGAAGCCUUCGAGGGUGUGGCGUCUUGGAAUGACUGGGGCGCUGGCAUGUCCAACCUGCUGCUUGACACGCACCACUAUGAAGUCUUCAACGUUGACCAGCUCAGCAUGAGCCCCGAUGACCACAUCAAAGCGGCCUGCGAUUUUGGUAGCGAAAUGGCUUCGUCCAACAAGGCUACCAUCUCAGGCGAGUGGACUGGCGGCAUCACAGAUUGCGCGAAGUGGUUGAAUGGUAAGAACAAGGGUGCGCGCUACGACGGGACAUUUGAGAACGACAACGCGAUCGGCAGCUGCGCAGGCAAGUCCUCCGGCAGCGUCGCCAACCUGUCAUCAGACGAUAAAUACAACAUCGGACGCUUCAUUGAAGCACAACUCGAGGGUUACGAGAAGGCUGCAGGCUGGAUCUUCUGGACCUGGAAAACUGAAGGUGCACCGGAAUGGGACAUGCAAGAUUUGUUGGCCAACGGUCUCUUCCCUAAGCCGGUGAACGAUCCAUCUGCGCGCAAGUACUCUGGCAUCUGUGGUUAA